AAUUCCAAGUAACUCUGAGCUAGAACUAGAUGAUGAUGAAGGACUAAAGAGUAAUAAGGAAGGAGGAGCAGGAAGUGCAUGGUUGAUUUCUCUUUUCAGUUUAGUUUGGAAGAAAAGAAGAAAGUGAUUAGGAUUAGGAAUUUGUUGAAGAUUAGACAAUAAGCAUCUGGGAUUCCAUUCGCGCACGCAAAAAACAGAAACGGAAACAGAAAGGCCAAAAGCACAGUGACUUGCUUUCAGCAUUGGCACUCAUAUUCGUCAAUGGCGGAAACACUGCCGCCACCAUUUGCUCCAAAGGAAUCACUUACAAAACGCUACAAGCUCGUUUGGCGGGUUCUUUUGAUCUCCAAUUUUGCUCUCGGAGGUUACUUGUUUGCAAGGGCUAGAAAGAAAGAUAGGGACAUUGCAACUAGAAGAGCUUCGGAAACAGGUUCUAAAGAUGCGAAAGCUGCAGAGGAAGUCCACCCUCCUCCUAUUACAACUCCCCCAAUUUCUGAGAUAUUAGCACUCCUUCCGCCAGUCAUGGAACCUCAGAAGUUGCGAAAGCCCAUCCUUGAAGAUCAGCAACGCCAACUUUUUGAGUGGAUGUUGGAAGAAAAAAGAAAAUUCGUAGCGAAGGAUCGUGAAGAGAAGAAGCAAAUUGAUGAAGACAAGGCCAUUCUAAAACAGUUCAUCCGUGCAAAAUCUGUACCGAGAUUUUAGUUGUGAUUGUCUUCCUUUAGCAGCAGCAAAAUGUUCUAUAGACAACAGCUAAUACCAAGUCUAGGCCCUGGCAUUUUUUUUUUGUGGUCCUAUGCUUUGGAAUGGAUUCUAAAAUUGAAUUGAAUAUGAAAGACCUACUCAUUCUUCUUGAAAUAAAUGACAAUCCUUUAUAGUGAAAGCAAAUGUUUGUCCAAGUGAAAAGUCAGUUUGCCCUGUUAUUACCUGUGGCUGUGGAUAAAAAAUGGAAGAAUAGAUGAUUAGCCUUUCACUGAUUUUUACUUGUAUUCAUAUGGCUGAAGAUCAAUAAAAAUGGCAGUUUGUAUGCA